GGAGGUCGGAGCGGCUGGAGCGGAGCGUCGUUCCCAGGCUUGGCCCCCGCGCUGUCACUAGCGCCGCCUGCUCCCGCGGGCCCGCGGACCCAGCUGUCAGGCAAGACGGGUGGAGCAAAAUGAGAGCAGCGCAGUGAGGCGGCCCAGCCUGUCUCCCAGCCGGCCCGACGCCCACCAUGAACCACUUGGAGGGCUCCGCGGAGGUGGAGGUGCCCGACGAGGCGGCAGGCGGGGAGGUGAACGAGUCGGUGGAGGCUGACCUGGAGCACCCCGAGGUGGAGGAGGAGCAGCAGCAGCAGCAGCAGGAGCAGCAGCAGCAGCAGCAGCAGCAGCUGCGCCAUGCGGGCCGCCCUGUGCGCGGGCGCCCUGUCGCCGAGGACCUCCGCGCCCCGCCGGGCCAGCCGGAGGAGGAGGAGCGCGGGGAGAGCCUGGCGCGCUCGGCCAGCACGGAGAGCGGCUUCCACAACCACACGGACACGGCCGAGGGCGACGUGAUCGCCGCGGCCCGCGACGGCUACGACCCCGAGCGCGCCCAGGACCCCGAGGACGAGAGCGCCUACGCCGUGCAGUACCGGCCCGAGGCCGAGGAGUACACGGAGCAGGCGGAGGCCGAGCACGCCGAGGCCUCGCACCGCCGCGCGCUGCCCAACCACCUGCACUUCCACUCGCUGGAGCACGAGGAGGCCAUGAACGCGGCCUACUCGGGCUACGUGUACACGCACCGGCUGUUCCACCGCGGCGAGGACGAACCGUACGCCGAGCCCUACGCCGACUACGGGGGCCUCCAGGAGCACGUGUACGAGGAGAUCGGGGACGCGCCCGAGCUGGAGGCGCGCGACGGGCUGCGGCUGCUGGAGCAGGAGCGGGAGCGCGCCGCGGCGGCCGCCUACCGCCAGGAGGCCCUGGGCGCGCGGCUGCACCACUACGACGAGCGCUCGGACGGCGAGUCCGACAGCCCCGAGAAGGAGGCCGAGUUCGCGCCCUACCCGCGCAUGGACAGCUACGAGCAGGAGGAGGACAUCGACCAGAUCGUGGCCGAAGUCAAGCAGAGCAUGAGCUCGCAGAGCCUCGACAAGGCGGCCGAGGACAUGCCCGAGGCCGAGCAGGACCUGGAGCGCGCCCCCACCCCGGGCCCGGGCGGCGGCCGCCCCGACAGCCCCGGGCAGCCGCAGGUGCCGCCGGCCGGGCAGCAGCGCGCGGCGGGCCCCGCGGGAGGCGAGGCGGGGCAGCGCUACAGCAAGGAGAAGAGGGACGCCAUCUCGCUGGCCAUCAAGGACAUCAAAGAGGCCAUCGAGGAGGUGAAAACCAGGACCAUCCGUUCGCCUUACACCCCCGACGAGCCCAAAGAGCCCAUCUGGGUCAUGCGCCAGGACAUUAGUCCCACCAGGGAUUGCGAUGACCAGAGGCCGGGGGACGGAGAUUCUCCAUCUCCUGGCAGCUCCUCCCCCCUGGGUGCAGAGUCUUCAAGCACACCCCUCCACCCCAGCGACCCCGCGGAGGCCUCCUCAAAUAAAGAGUCAAGAAAAAGCUUGGCUUCAUUCCCCACCUACGUUGAAGUUCCCGGACCCUGUGACCCCGAGGACUUGAUCGAUGGGAUCAUUUUUGCUGCCAAUUACCUUGGCUCCACCCAGCUGCUGUCAGACAAAACUCCCUCCAAAAACGUGCGCAUGAUGCAGGCCCAGGAAGCCGUGAGCAGGAUCAAGAUGGCCCAGAAAUUAGCCAAAAGCAGAAAGAAGGCUCCUGAAGGUGAAUCUCAGCCAAUGACCGAGGUGGAUCUCUUCAUUUCUACCCAGAGAAUCAAAGUAUUGAAUGCCGACACACAGGAGACGAUGAUGGACCACCCUCUGAGGACCAUCUCCUAUAUAGCAGACAUCGGGAACAUCGUCGUCCUGAUGGCGCGCAGGCGAAUGCCCCGCUCCAACUCCCAGGAGAACGUGGAAGCCUCCCACCCAUCCCAGGAUGGAAAAAGGCAGUAUAAGAUGAUUUGCCACGUCUUUGAGUCUGAGGAUGCCCAGCUGAUCGCACAGUCCAUUGGGCAGGCAUUCAGCGUGGCCUACCAGGAAUUCCUCAGGGCCAACGGGAUCAAUCCUGAAGAUCUCAGCCAAAAGGAAUAUAGUGACCUGCUCAACACCCAAGACAUGUACAACGAUGACCUGAUCCACUUCUCUAAGUCGGAGAACUGCAAAGAUGUAUUUAUAGAGAAGCAGAAAGGAGAGAUCCUAGGUGUGGUGAUCGUGGAGUCUGGCUGGGGUUCCAUCCUGCCAACCGUGAUCAUAGCCAACAUGAUGCAUGGGGGCCCUGCUGAGAAAUCAGGGAAGCUGAAUAUCGGGGACCAGAUCAUGUCCAUAAAUGGCACCAGCCUGGUGGGCUUGCCUCUGUCCACCUGCCAGAGCAUCAUUAAGGGCCUGAAGAACCAGCCCCGGGUGAAGCUGAACAUCGUGAGGUGUCCUCCAGUGACCACCGUGCUGAUCCGGAGACCGGACCUUCGCUACCAGCUGGGUUUCAGCGUCCAGAAUGGAAUCAUCUGCAGCCUCAUGCGAGGGGGGAUAGCCGAGAGAGGCGGCGUCCGCGUGGGACAUCGGAUCAUUGAAAUCAACGGGCAGAGCGUGGUGGCCACCCCACAUGAGAAGAUCGUCCACAUCCUCUCCAAUGCCGUGGGGGAGAUCCACAUGAAGACGAUGCCGGCUGCCAUGUACAGACUGCUGACGGCCCAGGAGCAGCCCGUUUACAUCUGAGGCCGCGACCCGCCUGGCGGCUUGCAUGGAGGACUGUCCUCACUCGUGGUGUGUUUCUCGUGCUGCAUCUGUGUGCCCACUGAGACAUUUCCCUCUCACGCCCAGCACCGGUUCGACACAGAAAGAGAAUCCACAGACCUCUUUGCUCUUUCUCUCUCCAGUUUGCUUUUUUUUUUUUCUUUCUGUAAUGCCAGGGAAGUUUCCUACGCAGUGCCGAGGAUAGGCAGCAGCUGCCCCCCGCUAGGUAUCUGCCCAGCCCAGGACCAUCCUGAAGGGCCCUCGGGGGUCCCCAGGGGGGCCGUCACUGCUCCCAGGGAGCCCUUAGGAAGCGCCCCUUGGGGCAGGGACAGAGCUGCCUCAGUGGUGCCGACCCUUCUGGCUGCCGCUGGUCCUGGCGCUGCUCCUUCGGUCACCGUGUGGGAAGGUGGUGUCUCCGCAGGUGACACCCGCUGCAUCUUUAAGGGUUACCCUGCCCACCGACUUGGGGCGCCACACAUCUCCGCCCAGAAUUUCUGAGCCAACCUUUUGCCUCUUCUGUAGCUAGUUUUAGUUUUGACACGAUUGUGUUUUUUAACGUGAGCCUUCUCCCCCAUGGGCCGAAGGGGAGCUGCCUGGGCCCGGGCACCGUCUCGCGGCAGAGAGCUCAGCGCCUCCCGGGGCGGCCUCCCCGGGCCGCCGUCCCCAGGUUACCCACCAUCAGAUAAACAGGGGCAGGUCCUCCCUCCCUCCCUGCCUGCCGCACACGUACGUACACGGUCUCUCCUGUGCGUGUAGCUCACCCUCGCCUCCUCCCACCACCGGUGAGGCACACAGAGCCCCUGGAAACCCCACAUGGCCUCUCCAUGAGGCCCUCCCCCAGCAGGCGAGGCCUGCAGGGGCUGCCCCAUCCCGAGAGAGAUGCACCCCCUCGGGGGCUGAGGCCUGGCUCCGAGGGCACCACUGCAGCCCCGCGGCUCAGGGAGCGCAGGGGGCCUCCCCUCGUGCCCCCCACUCCGCAUACGUGCUGGGAGUCUGGGAAGGCCGGACUGGUCCCCUUUGAGGAAGAGGGUGCAGGUGCUGUCAGGGCUUCCCGGCCCCAGGCAGGCCCAGCUUUCUUCUCUGCUCAGGGUCACUGAGGCAGGAUGUGACAUCUGAGAGGCCAGAAGAGUAAGCCACAAAACUAAGCAGACAGGAAUGACCUCACACUAUGCCUAAGAAUCCCCAAGUGUGUCCCAGAGACGUCAUCUUGCUGCCUCGCGGGUCUGGGCAAGCUCUGGCUUGGGUGGCGCCUUACGUGUUUCCAUCAGGUGCCUCAUGUCGCAGGUUGUGUCUUGGUUCAGCGCAGGUGUUUUCGUGAUAUUAUUCUGAGCCACUUUUCGCUUCUCCUGGGUCCAAAGAGCAUUUUGUUUUCGUGUGGGCUGGGGCGGGUUGGUUUGGUUUGUUUUGUUUUGUUUCAUGACCUCAGCAGAGACGGGGCAAGAGAAACUAAUAUAUUUUGUGAUAUUAAUAUAGUCCCUGCUCUCUGCACCGGGGAUUAUUUAUGUUGUGUGUCUGUGGAAAUAGGCAUUCGGCGAGCACAUGUUGGCUAGUGUGUCUGUAGGUGUGGAAUGGAGGGACUCCGGGGAGGGAGGAAAGGGAGCGUAGAAAGAUGGGAAGCGGAGGCCGCCGCCAGAGCGCCGUGCGGCCACCUCCCUGGGAUCCCUGUGCCUCCUGUUUGCCGCUGAGAGUCAGGAGAGCCGCAUGUUCCAAACAAGCCCUAAGGGACGGGGGUUGCUGCUCCCCGAACGAAUGUCCUCUCGGGGGCGGCGGGGGGCGUGGACAGUCCGGGACCCCUGGACUUUUUUUUCAAGGAUGCUCAGCCCCACGGCCAGCCCACCGCAGCAGCCAGAAUCACGGCCUCUGGAUGUCAGUUUACCAAACCAUAGGGUGUCUGACAAUAUAAAGUACUAAAGAGUCAGGCUCCGGUCCUUCCUCUGCCAAAAAGAACAGGUGAAAGAGUGGGAACAAAGCAUUAUUGGUAUAUUUUCGGCAUCAGGAGCCUUGGAAAAUCAUGGGGGUGGGGCGCAGGCCUGUCUGCUGUCGGGGGGCCGCUCACGCCGCCUGCCCAGCGCCUGGACGGAGGCCUGUCCACGGUCCAGCAGACGGGAGCUCCGCUGGCACGUCCCUGUGCAGCCACCCCCCCCCCCAACGUCGUUGCAAUGAAGUAUCUUCACCCAAAGGACGGGAGAGAGAGCACAGGUGGCACAAAAACUUUGGAACGUUUGACAAGUCCUGGAAAAGCCAAUGUGGUAAGCUCCCCCCCCCCCGAAGACCAGCAUCCUCUAGCGUCACAGCGAGGUGGUUUACCCACCGCGCACCUUCUGUGAAUGAACGCGGCUGCGCACACCCAGACAGCGCGUGUGCCUGGAGCUCCGUACAGGUUUGCCUGGCUGUGGAGUCUGUUCCUUGCCCUGCUCCCAUCCCAUGGAGGGAGUGACCCCCCCCCCUUUGGUGAACCAAGGAGGCAGGAUUUUAAGUGUCAGUAACUCUGUUUUGGAAAAUCCCGUGGGACGUGGUGGCCUCCUUCCCUCUGACAUCCCGAUAUACAUAGUUAUAUAUGUAAAUAUCUGAAAACCCCCGGUAACGGGGAAGACCAUGUACAGAGCAGCCUUCCCAAACGGGGCCCAGGCAAAAAGCCACUCUUGCUGCUUGGCUGGGACAUGCUGGUGACUCAGCUUUGGGGACAGAUUCUCAGGUGCGCCUACCCGUCCUGGUCCAGCCGGGAUGCUCCAGAGCGCAUCCUGUCUCUGCCUUCUCACCUGGGAGCAUUUCAGGGAGCCACCAUCAGCCUUGGGUUCACGAGAGGAGGAGGCCCGCCCCCCAGAGACCAAGACCUGGAGUCCGCUCCCUCCCCUGAGCUGUCCCCACGGGGCUUGGAGCACCCGCCCCCCCGCCCCCCACGGGACCCCGGCCUCCGAGCCUCUGCGCGCAGGCCUGCCGUCUGGACAUUGCCCACCAACACCGGCCUCGGAGAGUCCCAGAGUAACCUACUACCUCCCCCAUCGCCCCUGCCGCCCCCAAGGCCCCCGCCCCCCGUUCGCACUCAACACCCCCCACCAUCCGCACCCUGAGGAAACCCACCCACGAGCCCUUCUCGGGUCCCGCGGCCCAGUGGUGUGGCUGUUACCAAUGUUUACAACCAAGGGCCACCUCCUUUUAGACAUGUUUACUCUCCCACGUCCAAGGCCGCUUGCUGGUUUUGAGUUUCAUGUCCGUUUGCUCCUUCCCUGGUUCGGGCCAACUGGAGCACACGACCUGACUCCUGGCACCCCCCCCCCGACCCCCUCCAUCAAGGCAGUGCGUGAGGACCACGUGGGAAGGAAAUUUCUUGUACAUAUUCAGCACAGCCCCUAGAGUAUGAACUUGUACUAUUGUUCUGUAAAGAGGGUGAAAUAGAGCUUAUUGUAAAGCUUGGGACAAGUAGAGUAUUGUAUUUGUAACAAUAUCGUUCUUUGUAUACACAAAACUCAAUGAUCUCUCUAUAUAAAUAUAAAUUAUAUAAAUAAAAUAUAUAUACACGUGAGCCUGGAAUGUUGGCGCCACACACCCACUGAAUGUAGCUCCUCUGCGAGUCCCCGGCCCGUCCCCCCCUCCCCCCGCUGUACUGUUUUGGGGGUUGUGAUGUAUUCGGUCUGUUUUCUUCCUUUAAUUGAACGCUAAUGUCUGUAAGAGUUGCUGCACAAUAAACAAAAACAUCACCUCUUGGCCCCGGCCAGGUGUCCUGUCGUUUCAGGGAAGGGACUGGAGGGACCGUGGGUAGGGAAAAGAUUGUGUCCCUCACCUGUCCCCCCCACCUCCAACCAUGCGCAAGCCACCUCCUGGCCCUUCUCUAGGGCCUGCUUGCUGCCUGGAGCCCAGGCAUCUUCUGAAGGGGUGCGUCCCGUGACCCCCACCGGCUGGGUCCCCUGUGACCGCUGAUAUUGCAGCACACGAGGAGGAAGGUCCCAGCGAUCCCCUGGUGUCACCAGCACCAGGUGGGAGCUGCGGGCGGGCGGGCGUGCACCUCUCAGCAACCCCCUGGAGGUGUGCCGUGGGUGGUGUGUGCCCCCUCAGGUGGCACCCCAGGCCAUCCCCUCUCUGCUUGAGCGCCCCUGCAAUUGCAGAAUUAGAGAAAUCCACGCACCCACCCUGCCACACACACAGCUCCAUUCUAGUCCUCUAACUCCCCCUUACACGGCGAGCUCCUGCCUACUGAGCCCCUCCGAGCUUGCCAUCCGUCUCGCGGGGACUGUGUGAGGGUCAGCUAAGGCUCCAAAGCCUUUCGGGAUGAGCAUGGCUCACGCAAGGCACGGGAGUACUGGCCCCUGUCGCCUUUUAAGGCCCUGUCUCAAAGGGACCCUCCUCACAACAACAACUUCUUUUUUGAUGGCAUGAAGGGGAAUGGGAUUGUGGAAUGCCUCGGCCCCAAGUGAACCUAAGACUUGGCAGCCCUGGAGAUGCUGACCUGCAGCCUGCCCACAUGUGUGCCCUGUCCCCUUCCCCCAAGAAGGCAACUCCAGACGGGAAAAGUGAAGCCAUUGGACCAGUACAAAUCAUUUUCUGCGAGCACUGAGUUUGUACAGAUGUUUGACUUCCAAGCACCAACAGCUGCUCAGCAAAGGGUGUAGGGACUGGCUGUCUCUGUUGCAGCACUGUGGAGGGCUGUUUGCCAGCCAUCACCUGAAUGCCCCCACUGAUGCAUCCCUCUGUCCUGGUGCUGCCACGGCAUCACCAGCCCUCUGGGGCCCUGCAGAAGACACCUGCCAGGAACCAGCACACAUCGUUGCGUAGGAUCCUAUUGCCACCUUCUUGGAGUUACUCCUUGCCCGUUGUCAUACAGAGAAAAGCAGGACUCCAGGUGGAGAAUAAGGCUGGGCCUGAUGAAACACUAGUGGAGCCACAGUCCCAAAUGCAGACAGGUGCCCUAGAGAGGAAAAGAUGUGGCAGGCGGGAUGUAUUUCCUCCAGAGUUUGAGACCCUGAAAAACAACAGGUGGCAUCUGGUGUGCUGUUCUUGAGUUUUAGUUCAGGAUUCGUUGGGUUUCAGCCUGGAUUUUGGAAGAGAGGAAAUGUUACCAAAGUUCCCUUGGGCUUUAGGGCGAGACCUUGCUAAGUGAACGUGAGUGGGAAAACUUGUUUUAAAAAGGCAGAUUCCAGGGUCCCACCCUCUGAGGAUUCUGAUGUAUUGGGGCCCAAGCUGGGACAUAGGAGCCUGUCUUCUCAGGGCCCCCCACACACACCUGAUGCGGCUCAGGCUGUCCUGGAAGUUGCUUUAAAGGGCUGUGCCAUUCGUUCUUUACCCGCCUCCCCCGACCCCCAAAUUAAAUUGCAGCUGUUUGUGUUGUUUUAUAUUUUCUAUAUUUCCUUGGUUCUUGAAAAAGGAAUGAUAGAAAUAAAGUUAUUUGCUUUAGGAAAAAAAAAA